AUGAAUAAUAGUUUAAUAUGCUUUUAUGAUGUUUAUAAUUUAUAACCAACACAAUAGAACUUUUCAGCUGAGCCAAGAGUAGUGCCAAGUAGAGGGAAAUAUAGAAUAAAUGAAUAAAAUCAAAUAUCAAAGCCAAUGCAGACAUUUCAAAAUUUAAUGAAGGAUCACGUAUGUAUGUAUUGAAAUUUUAGAAAAUUAAGCAACCCAAAUCACAUUAUAGAAAAAUUGGUUAAAAAAGUAAGAAACAGAAUAUAAUAUUCUAGGAUAUUUUAUUUAAAAAAAGAAUAACUAAUAGUACUUUUGGAUAUUGAUUUUGAUGAGGAAUAUGCAUUCAAAGCUUAUAGUGUGA